AUGGCGUCGAGGAAGAAAGAAGACCUCGUCGAACUCCGUGCCAAAUUGUUGAUGGGCAUCAAAAGGAGUGCUACCCGAGAGCCCUCUCUGAAGCUGGCAACCGAAGUGCUGACGUUCCUUAUGAGGCUUGUGCGCCACGAAAAAUAUGAUAAAGUCGAGACGCUGCUAGAAGUGCUCCAUGAGAAUGGAAGUUUAAUAACGGCCGCUUACCCGAGCGAGUUCGUCAUUAGGAACCUUGUGUUGGCUGUUUCAAAGAUAGCUCGCGACGAAGGCUUCAGAAGCGAUAUUUCGGAUGCCACUUCCGCCUUCAACUCGUUGACCCGACUGUGGAUUGACCGUCGGAAAGACGACGCUUUACGUGUUCCGUUGAAGGAUUUUCGAGAAAAACUUAUUGAUGGAGUUAGAGAGCUUCAAACCGAAAUGGAGACAUGCCGAGAAAACAUCGUGCGGAUAGGGACUGAACUUAUUUCGACUGGCGACAUUGUUAUGGUGCAUUCACUCAACUCGUCCACCACAAUUCAAUCGUUUCUGAAGGACAUACGGGAAAAGCAUAAACUUAGGAUCAUGUCUGUCCAAAAUUCGAGUGAACCAUUGAAUAAUGACUUCCCGGUCGAGGAUUAUAUCAAGUUGUGCGAGGCAGCGACAAAAAUGGCGCAUGUUACCAAGGUGGUGCUUUCGGCGAUUACCGUAUUCCCCGAUGGUUCGUGCUUGUUGCCUCCGGGUGGGCGCAGUAUUUGUCUCUCAGCGCAGCGGCAUAAUGUCCCGGUAUACGUGUUGUGCGCCUUCUACAAGAUUGCUCCAUAUUUCCUGCCAGACCCGUCGAUUAUCAUCAAGCAUACUUUACCGGGGCUUCCAUUUGAUAUGGCAAGGAAAUUUGCAGGCCGCGUUCGUGUGCUACAGCCGGCUAUCGAAUAUACCGAGCCCGGCUUGGUCUCCCUAUAUGUAACCAACACGACGGUGAUCAACCCGCACCAUGUCUACCGGAUCAUCACCGACUACUACCAUCAAGGUGACGUCUACGAUUCGCCCGAUUUCCAGAAGGACGAGGCGGCCCUCAACUCGGAGAAGCUCGGCCUGGGUGCCCCAGCUCAUAUACCGCCCGUCAAUGACCCUUUGAAGGCU